AUGUCACUUGAAGAAUUUGACUAUCAAACAUUAUUUCAAAAAGCUGAAGAUGAAGAGUUGGAAGAACUUGCUGCUGUUUAUCAUCAACUAGGAUGUCGUUCUACUAAUUUAAAUCGAGCUGUUUCUUUUUAUAAAAGAUCAAUAGAAAUUAAUCUUUCUUAUCGACCAAUUGAUCGUCGUCUUCUUUCUGCAAGCUAUACUAAUAUUGGUGCACUUCUCAAAAAACGUACUGAUUAUGAUGAAGCAUUGAGAUAUUAUCGACGUGCUUUAAAUAUUGAUCUUCAUGACGCUGAAGUUAAUCAACUUAAAAUUGCUGAUCGUUAUAAUGAUAUUGGUAAUGUAUUAUUAGAUCAAGAUAAUUAUAAAGAAGCAAUCGAACAAUUUCAACAUGCAUUGAAUAUUCAAACUAAAAAUAUUUCAUUAAAUGAUCCAAUAUUAGUUAAAACAUAUUAUAAUCUUGGUUUAGUAUAUCAUUUAAUGGAUAAAUAUUCUUUAGCAUUUGAUUAUUAUGAAAAAGCUCUUGAAAUUCUUGAAGCAUAUCUUCCUUUACAACAUUCACUAUUGAUAUGUACAUAUAAUAAACUUGGAU